ACCAAUCACUGUAGUGAUCUGUGUAGAUCAGGCAAAACAUCAGGCAAACAGCACAGCACUUCAGUUACUGGUCAAGAUGAGAGGCUUACUGUUCCUGCUCAACGCUCUGCUCCUGCUGGAGUCAACAAAGGGAUUGAUGGAAUAUGAUGAGUUAAAUGAUCAUGACAGAGGAAUUGUUGACAGGGCAAUAGAACGAGCCAAUAAGGAUUUUGGAAAAACCAAACACCUUGACUUUUACACCAUUGUCAAUAGAAAUAAAGAUAUGGUCAAUGUGAUCCUGAAAUCCACCUCAUGUGACAGCAAAACACCGAGUGUCCAUCGGAAUUACUGUAAAUUCCACGAGAAGGCACCUCAGGUUUCCUGUAUUGACUGUCAAGGAAGCAUGGAACCAUGUUUGCUUCUCAGACAAAAGGACGAGAUUAAAAAAAGGAUGGAGAAAUGUCCCCUGUCACAAGAUGUUCAUUUCACUGGGGGAGGACAUUCACUGUUCCAAAAAUCAGGAAAUGGACACCAGCAACAAACUGGAUGUCUUGGAUGCAUCUGAGAUGUAAAAAGGAUCAAGGACAAUUGCAACUGACCUCUAAACCCUAAUGUUGUCUUUACUUAAACAAUCAAGUAAUGUUGACUAAACAUUACUUAAAAUUUUGCAUUUUGGCCCUUUCACUCAAAAAUAUGAGUUAAUUUAACUUAUUUUCCUUCAACAUGCAUAAAUUUAAGAUUUCAAGUCUUGUGAACUCAAAAUCAUGAUUAAUCCUUUGGAAAAACUCAACAUCACUCUGUUCUUCCUUUAAUGUGAUUGGCCAUGCAAGAGAACAAAAGCACUGAUUGGUGGAUUACAAAAUUGGUCCUGUUGGCCUCGUCUGUUCGGUUGCUGAUACCACAUUGAUUUCAAGACGGAAGUUUUUCUUUGUGUACUAUGUUCGGUGACAUGAGAUACGGAGAUGUGGAAAUGUUUGCAUGGAGUUCACCCUUUUUAAAAACAAAAAUCUACAGCAGGAAUUCUAUGAAAACCUGGACGGACACAGUUGACGGUUCAUGGACCUUUUUAAAACCAGAAGGGGAACUCCUGGUCAGCACUUGAAGUUUUUACAGAAAAUAGAGUCAGACCAGCCAACUGAGGUCUGAACCCUUGUUCUUCAAGGACUGACUAUCAUGCUGGGAAAUGAAGACUCUUCUUUCUUCAAGUCAUGUUUAGUGUCUGAUCAUUGCAACACUAUCCUUGAUGUGCCAAUGGGGAUCUUAUUCGAGCACACUGAUCUUCAGCCCCAAACUCCUUGCAUUUGAAUAAUUUCUGAAGGCCAAGUGGUGAUGGACAAAAUGCAGGACCUCCCACAGGCAAUCUUCUGUUCGGUUUGAUUUAUGCACUAGACCUGAAUUACCCAAAAUCACUCGCCAACACAUUUGAUUUCAUCCAGCGUGUACUAAUGUGAAUGGGAUAGAAUGCUCUCAAGCCUAGAGUUCAGUCUCUAGCAAACCAGUUUUUUUGCUUAAGAAACGUCACUGAGAUACUUUAACACCACCCUUUGUAUUGGCUUUUUUCCACCAUUGAUUUACUCCAUUAUCCAUUUAUGAAAAAUAAAAAGUAUCUUUAAAUAGUUAAAUGAGUUCUACGAUUGAUGUGGAGUAUUUAAUUUGGGAUAUUGUUACCAUAAAAAGUAUGUUUAAAUAGUUAAAUGCACAGAGUUCUACAAUUGAUGUGGAGUAUUUAAUUUGGGAUAUUGUUACCAUUGUUACACCUCUGUAUGACCCGUAAUAUUUCCAUUACAGUAUAGUUUCAGUAUGUAUUAUUUUAGUUUGCCGUGUUUCCACAAAGCUUAAAUGGUGAACUUUAGUAAGACUGUAUGUUUAGCCUACAUGUUCAGUACAUUAACAAUUGUGAGACUUAAAAAGUGUAAUUAAGUGCACAGAGUUGUACAAUUGAUGUAAGUACACUAGUAAAUGUUGAACAUUUUUACUGUUGUUACCACCUUUACAGUGUGGUUGUGUCCCAGUAAUAUUUCCACUACAGUUUGUACUGUAAUACUGUGAAACUUUGGUGAAAGACACCGUUGAGUAUGUUUUAUUUUAGUUUGCUAUGUUUGCACAAAGCUUAAACGGUCAAAUCUAAUUAGGUUUACACUAACAUAAUUGCGAUACUGGAGUAAGGUAUAUAAGUGCAUAGAGUUGUAUUAUUGAUGUACUACACUAGUUAAUUUUGUUACCACAUUUACAGUGUGGCUGUGACCCAUUACAGUAUAGGGUUUACUGUAUUUUCAUUAAUAUUGUGACAUUUUGUCAAUAAAAAGUCAAAGAUUAAA